AUGGAGCACUGGAAUUCUACUCUAGAAAGUGGCUUCAUAUUGAUGGGGAUUCUGAAUGACAGUGGGUCUCCUGAGCUGCUCUGUGCCAUAAUUGCAGUCCUGUACAUGUUGGCCCUGACCAGCAAUGGUCUGCUGUUCCUCGUCAUCACAAUGGAUGCCCAGCUCCAUGUGCCCAUGUACCUCUUGCUUGGGCAGCUCUCACUCAUGGACCUCCUCUUCACAUCUGUUGUCACUCCCAAGGCCAUCGUGGAUUUUCUGUGCAGUGAAAACACCAUCUCCUUUGGGGGCUGUGCCCUUCAGAUGUUCCUGGCACUGAUGGUUGGUAGUGCAGAGGACCUCCUACUGGCCUUCAUGGCCUAUGACAGGUAUGUGGCCAUUUGCUAUCCUCUGAACUACAUGGUCCUCAUGAGGCCCAGGCUUCUUGAACACAUGUUCAGAGUUGGCUUUAUCUGUCCAGUGACCGUGACACAUGACACUGAUUUCUGUCGAUCUCAGGUCCCUGUCUCCUCUGGCUUCUCUCUGGGGUUAGGUACCACACUCCAACAGCAGCUUCCAGAACAGGAGCUCUUUCUCCCUGUCCCUGUGGCCCUUCAAUCCAGUGUGGAUACUCUGGCCCUGCAGGAGAAAGAGUGGAGAUCUGGGUCAGAUGCAGGAGAAGGAAGAUAG